GGGAAACCGAAAGUGAAAUUGAACCCUUAGUGAACCGCAAUUUACACGAUAGGAGUUCGCGAUGUUCUUUUUGAGCCUCUACAUUCUGGCUGCUGGAAUUGCACUGGCCGAGAAUGGACAUGUGCUUCCAAACAGAAAGCUGGAUUGCAUUUUUCGAGAAAUGAGGGAAGAUGACGGGUUUUCUGUCGUAGGGCAAACAAACGUUUUGAGGAAGGCAUUGCUGCUGUUUGGUGAUUUUGAUACAAAUGAGGAAGCAAUUCGUUUUAAAGUUAAAGAUUCUUCCUUAGACAUAUUCCAAUAUGUGGGCACAAAACCUGAUGAUUUGGAAUGUGAGAUUAGCCGUCAUUCCACCUACGGAUUCCAUGCUCCCUGGCCACAGAAGGGUGAGGAGCAAGGUGAAGACAAAUGGUUCACUGUGACUGUAAAGCACAGACAUGGGAAGUUCACCGUAACUGGCUUCAUGAGGAGGCUAAAAGCACCUAAUCAUGAGGACAAGAAGGAGCAUGAAACUCCAACUGAUGGUGAAGACCCACCCAUUGGAGACACAGACACUCUGUCAGUUCAAGUGAACUAUAUCGUUCACACAAGCACACCAUUGAUUAUAACCAAACUGAAUCAAGACCUGCUUCUGGACUGUGGCUUCAAGGUUGAUCACAGUGCCGCUGUUAACAUUGACUGGAGGUAUCAAUACAAGGGGGUAAAGAAGAAAUUGUUCUCCUACAAUGGACGGACUCAGCGGAUUGAAGACAUUGAGAAGGGAGUUGAAGUAUUCUUGGACCAGAUCAAGAAUGGGAAUGCGUCCCUCCGCAUAAGAAAUAUUAAUAUGAGCAAAGAAGGAUUCUACACCUGUUUGGUUUAUGUCCCUCCUCUCUUUGGUACACAGACCAUGAGUGUGAAGAUUAUUGAGCCUCCCGUGGUUUCCCUGAGCCACAGUGCUCUGUCCCUGAUGGAAGGGGACGAGCAGAGGCUGGCAUGUGAUGCAGAGAGGUUUUACCCACUCGACGUGACGAUGAGAUGGCAGCGGCUGCAGGGCCAGGAGCAUCUGGUGCCUGUCUACAUAUCCAACACCUUCUAUUCAUCCCAUAAGCCCAACAGAGAUGGCACUUUCAACGUGACGGGUUACUUCAGUUUCACCGCCUCCCUCAGAGACAAUGGUGUCACGUUCGUUUGCCUGGUUGACCACGUCGGCUUGACGAAGUCAAUUAAACGUUAUGUUCAGGUGAAUGUGGAAGCACAAAUUCUGAUACAACAGUCCAUCUUAUUGUUGACAUCCUUCCUAUUCCUAUGUGUUCUUCUGAUCAUCUUCCUCAUCUACCUGAACAAAGUUAUGGUUAAAAGCAAGAAGAAACCAUAUUGAGCACUUCAAAGAAUACUGCAGCUGCUACGGAGCGAAAGAACCCGUGUUAAUACAGGUUCUUCGUGUUCUUGGAAUCACCUCAUGUGUUCCGCAGCCCAUUAAUGAACUGCUUAAAACAAAUAGCUGUAGACAAACAGAACAGGAACCCACGAAGAGUAAAGGAGGGAAAUCAUCCAGUUACUGGCUUGCCCAGGACACCAGAACUGCUCAUCGGUCCUCUUCCCUUUAGGUAUACUGCAUCCACUUGAGUCCCAGGAAGUGGAAAGUCGAGCCUCAGUUUAAAGUUCCAUUUGGAAGGCACAACCCCUAAUAAUCAGGGUGCUUACACCCUGUGGACACGCUCAGUCUUGGAAUGAACUUGAACCCACAACAUUCUGACCUUGAGGCAGGAGCUUUAGUCAGAGAUACAGGGAGGAAAUGAGCCAUAUGGCCCAUCAAGUGAGCCUUGACCAUCACCUUAAUUUCAAGGGGUAUGUAAGAUGAGGUGGCUGAGAGCUGCUGUCUGUGGGUUUGAUGCUAAGGUUGGGAGUGGAGGACAGUGCAUUCAGAGGGGGUAAGCUUCGGACAGGAGGGAGGAGUGUCGAGGUCAAGCGGUUGAUGCUUCAUCAUCAACUAGAGGUGAAAAGAUCUGGAGCAGGCAGUAAACCAGAGCAGGGCACCCAAGAAGAGGAGGAGGGUUGGAGAUGGGUGAAGGGGUCUGUGGUGCAGGGUGGGGGAACUCUUGCUAAGGCAGGUGGCUCGUAGACAGAGGCGACAGAAGAAGAGCUCGUUGUGGUGGCAGGCGUGGAACUCACUGAUGUGUAGUCGUAGGAGGACAAAGGUAAGGUGCUUGCAGAGGUCAGAACAUUCCACCUCAGAGAGGGGAAAGUUGGUGGGAAUGGUGAAGACAGCAGGGAUAAGAGGUAGGGCCAGGCGAAGCUAGAGAGUUGGAGGGGUCAGGGGAGAAGGGAGUGUUUGAGUGUUCAGGGAAAAGGGUGGGAGGAAGAUGGGGUCUCAGAGGAAUGAGGGGUAGAUAGGAUGCUGAGAGUCCAGGGUUCAGUUGGGAGUAGUGAUGAGGGAAGGGAAGCCAUAGGGCCCAGUGGGAGGGAGAAAGGUCUUGGCCUGGUGCUGGGGAUGACAGAGAUUAGUCUAGUUGCAGCCUUGGUUAAUUGCAGUGGGUAUGUGAGGUCUAUAUUACCAAUUCCUAAUAUUUUCCUUGCAUUGGGUGGGGCUCGUCAUCUUGCCUAGCGUGGCUACAUUACCUGGACCAAGAUGGGGAUGUGAAACCUGUUGCUUUGCUAUUCCGUCCCUUUUAAAUUCUGCUCCCAUUCUCAAAGCUGAGCCCGUGGGACACUGCUUUCUCCAAGCGUCACUUUGGUUAAAUGAAUCUGCAGUUGGCAUUGAGGCUGCAUGACUUUGAUUUCCUAACAAGGAAAUCGGGAACUUCUUCCUCGAAGGGAAUUGGCCAUGGCUCACUGAGUAAGAUUCUUGCCUCCGUGACAGUGGGCUGUGAGUUCCAGUCCAGAGACUUGAGCACAAAACUCCAGGGAACGAGCUCAAAGCUGUACUGAUGGAGUGCAGCAGUGUCAGGGGAACUGUCUUCCAACCUGAACUUUAAACUGAGGCCUUGCCUGGAAAAUAUAUUGGUAUUGUUUUGUAGAGGAGUUAGGCUAUAACUGGCAGUGCCUGCAACAAAACAAAAUCCUGCAAAUAAUCAGCAGGUCAGGGAGAGAAACACAGUACAUAAUAAGACAGGUUCAGCAGGGGGAUAUUGCGUCCCUCUAGUCUGCUCCUCUAUUGGUCAAUAUAAUUACUGCUGAUUGAUGCUGGAGACUAGAUUUAAAAAAUGAUUAGCUUUAUUUGUCACAUGCAUAUCAAAACCUACAGUGCAAAGCAUUGUUUGUGUCAAAUCAAAUCAGUGAGGAUUUGACUCUGUGACUUCUAGAGUUGUGCUGGGCAACCUGCAAGAGUGGCCAUGUUUCAUGCCCACACAGCAUGCCCACAAUACUCUAACCCGAACCAUACGUCUUUGGCAUGUGGGAGGGAACUGGAGCACCCGAAGGAAACCCACAAAAUCUGACAGUGGUGAGAAGCGAACCCCAAUUGGUUAUUGCUAGUGCUUUAAUAUCGUUACAAUGUGGAUCAAUGGACUUUGUUACUCUCCACAGAUACUGACUGACCAGCUGAAUAUUACCAAUAUUUUCUGUUUUUAUUUCAGGUUUGUGGGGUCUGCAUGUAUUUUUUUGGGCUUUUUUUUAGUGUUCUGCCACUGUUUACCAUUUGUGUCAUUAGCACGUGGAUAAGGACUAUUGCCCCCUCCAAGCUUGUUAUGAUCUGACUCCUUUUGCUUUGAGUUUGGGAGCCCUGGUCACUCGGGAUAGCAGGUGUAUUAACAUAUUUAUUGGUUAUGCUGUGCCAUCCACUGAGCAGGCUGGAAAGUGAGGUAUUGCGAUUAUUAGCUGAAUUCAUUAUUAGCUGUACAAAUAAUUAGAUUAUUUGGAGAAAGUCCAGAGGAGGCUUAUGAUAAUUAUCCCGGGAAUGAAAGGGUGAGAAGGGUGAGGAUUAUUAGAUGGCCUAGACCUGUACUCAUUGAGGUUUAGAAGAAUGGGGGGUAGGGGGUGGGGAUAAAUCUCAGUGAAGAUCGAAAGGUCUGGAUAGAGUGGAUGUAGGGACGAUGUUUCCUAUAGUGAGUCAGUCUAGGAUUAGAGGGCACAGUCUCAAAUUACAAGGACAUCCUUUCAGAGCAAAGAUGAAGAGAAACUUCUUUAUACAGAGUAUAGUAAUCUGUGGAAUUCCUUGCCACAUACAGCUGUGGAGGCCAAGUCACUGGGCAUAUAUUAUUUAGUAUGGUUAUGGGAGAUAGAUGCUUGAUGAUUAAAGAUUAUGGGGAGAAGGCAGGAUAAUGGUUGAGAGGGACAAUAAAUCAGCCAUGAUUGGAUGGCAAAACAGACUCGAUGGGCCAAAUGGCCUAAUUUGUUCCUAUGUCUUAUGGCCUUAUUAACAAACAGAGUCAAUUUACUCCAAGAGCAGAAAUAAGGAGUAGAAUAAGCAGAAACUGAAACUUCUCCCAGUAAAUGCAAUGAAAAAUUAACUGUUAUAUUAUGAUUAUUAAAUCAGUCUCAGUUAGUGUCAGCAGCAUGGUUACCAGUGUUGAAUAUCAGGAGGAUUUGCCAAUCACCUUCCUUUGUAGUAGUACUCAAUGUGCAUUCUUUAUUGACUCCUGUCAAGCAUCCAUUUGGAGAACAGCGAGCCACCACCAGGGGGCGGGCUUGGCCACAUAACUGCUGUCAUGUAGAUGUUGGAAAUGCAUAUGUGCAACAAAUUUUAGCACUAACUGCAUCCAUGAUACAUGAUUCAAUGACACAGGCUUAGCUCAUUUUAUUGAGAGAGCUCAUCUAAUAAAGAGAGUCCAAUACAGUAGUGCUAGAAAGUUUGUGAGCCCUGUAUAAUUUUCUUUAUUUCUGCAUAGAUCUGAUCAGAUCGUCACACAAGUCCUAAAGCUAAAUAACACAAAAAACAUUAUACUCUUAUUUAUUUAUGGAGAAAAAUGAUCCAAUAUUACAUGUAUUGGAAAAAAUAUGUGAACUUUUGCCUUCAGUAACUGGUGCAGCAAUAACUUCAACCAAACGUUUCUGGCAACUGUUGAUUAAUCCUGCACACCAGCUUGGAAGAAUUUUAGGCUAUUCUUCCUUGCAAAACUGCUUCAGCUCUGGGAUGUUGGUGGGCUUCCUAGCGUGAAUUGCUUGCUUCUGGCCCUUCCACAACAUUUUAUAGGAUUAAGGUCAGUACUUUGACUCGGUCAUUCCAAAAUACGAAUUCCAUUCUGUUGUUGAGUUACUCUUGUGUUUCAGGUCAUUGUCUUGUUGCAUUAUCCAACUUCUAUUAAGCUUCAGGAGAUAGACUGCUCCCCUGACAUUCUCCUAUAAAAUGUCUUGAUACAGUUUUGAAUUCAUUGUUCCCUCAACGACUGCAAACUGUCCAGGCCCUGAGGCAGCAAAGCAGCCCCAAACCACGAUGCUCCUUCCACCAUGCUUCACAGUUGGGAUGAGGUUUUGGUGUUGGUGUGCAGUGUUCUUUUUCCUCCAAACACAACAAAGUGCAUUUCUGCCAAACAGUUCAAUUUUUGUUUCAUCUGUCCACAGAACAUUGUGUCGUUGAACAUCCAGGAAGUCUUUUGCAAACUUGAGGCAUUCAACAAUUUUUUUUUUGGAGAGCAGUAGUUUUCCUCCAUGGUGUCCUUCCAUGAACACCAUUCUUGUUCAGUGUUUUUCUUAUAGUGAACACAUGAACAGAGACUUUAACAAGUUCUAGAGAUUUCUUUUGCUGUUACCCUUGUGUUCUUUUUCACCUCCUUCAGCAUUGCACGUUGUGCUCUUUGCACAAUGCCCACUCCUAGGGAGAGUGGGAAAAGUGCUGAGUUUCCUCCAUUUGUAGAUAGUUUCUCUUAUUGUGGACUGAUGAACACUUAGGUCUUUAGAAAUGCUUUUGUAGCCUUUUCCAGGUUCAUGCAUCUCUACAAUUCUUAUAAUGUCCUCUGAAAGUUGUUUUGAUUGAGGCAUGGUGCACAUAAACAGAUCUUUCUUGAGAGGAGCAGUCUCUGUCAGCAACCUGACUUUGUGUUUGUUUUAUAGAGCAGGGUACCUCUACAACCCUCACCUCCAAUCUCAUCUCAUUGAUUAGAACACCUGACUCCAAAUAGCUUUGUAGAAGGCAUUACCCCAGAGGUUCACCAACAAAUACAUGUAACAUUGGAUCAUGGAACAACUAUAAUGUUUUUGUGUUAUUUAAUUGGGUUCUUUUUAUCUGGUUUUAGGACUUGCGUGCAGACCUGAUCACACCUUAGGUCAUAUUAGUGCAGAAAUAGAUAAAAAUCUACAGGGUUCACAAACUUUCUAGCAUCACGGUACCACUCACUCUACGUGCAUGGAUGGCUUGGGUUAGUGAUUUGUUUUACUGAACUUGUUAGUGUCAUGAGUUAUGUGCAGCCCCAUAGUUUUGUAUUGUUUUCACUGAAGUGAUUGUAGUGGUACUGUGACUCAAGUUUACAUAGGGAAUUAAAGUGGAUAAUUAAAAAACAAA